CGCUCAUUAGGCUUCUCCUUUUUUUUUCAUUAGCAGGAAAAAAAAAAAAAAAAAAAAAGCAAAUUAAUGUCUACCAUGAGCAACAGUGGCACGAAUACCGAAGAGCCCGACAUGCAAGACACUUCGUUUUUCACCGAGUUAGCAGCUGCCAUUACGGGUGCGAAACAAACUGCCAACCAAGAGUUUGGUCGUUUCUGGGAAAAAUUCGUUUCCACAAAAGAUGGCAAGUCAUCCAACACAGUAGGGACUACUACCCGAUUAACCCCUUCUGACCUAUCUCACAUGAAGGCACGUAAAAACAUUCAGGGAAGAAUUAUACCAGAUAACAAGUUUUCAGUCGAAAACUCCCACCACCAACACCAGUACCGGAAAAGACCUGCCCCAGAAUCACCUUUACGCACCUCUGCCAAUAAAAUCUCGAAAAUGGAUUUGUUAUCCCCUUUUUCCUCGUAUUCUCCUCCAUCCACUCCCGUACACCGUCAACCAGUAACCAGAGUUGGAUCAUCACAGUCUGUCCAUACAUCUCCCCAUCUCACAGCCUAUGAUCUGACACCACCACUACCUCCACCUCCACCACCACCACAGCCAGCAGCAGCGAAAGUCAUCUCAUCGCCCAUAAGAAACCCUGUAGCACAAUCUUCCCCCAUUGCCGAACGGACACCUAUCAACUUUUCCCGAACACCACUUGCAAUACGACCCAUUCGAUCGCCUUCCGUUCGAAGAUCCAUUGCUUCUUCCACGCCCUCCUCUAUUAGAGGUUCUCCCGAAAGACCCGAUAUUGUCACUGGAUCCAGUAAAUCCGUGAAAAGGCUAGCAUGUGAGCUUGAAGAAGCGCUCUCACCUAGAUUUACUCCGAUAUCGUACAGUCCCUUACGAAAAGAUACCACCGGUAGCAACAGCAACAGCAUUUCUACUCCUGCUGCUACUUCAGUCGCUGCUACUGCUACUGAUGUUACUGUCAGCCCUACGAAAAGUAUUAGAAAAGCGGUGGUGGAUGAGGAUCCGUUUGAUUCAAAGCCGUUGACGGGAUUGAGGAGAACGGUACAGCGAUGGACGACGGAGGAGGAAGAGGAACGUAUUCAUCAAUUGAAAAACCGAAUUCAUUCGAUGCAAUCUCAGAUUAAUGAGGAAAUAGCACUACCUUCGAUGCCUUCGCAUAAAAUCCAGCGGGAAAGUAAGGUACGGUCCCCUUCACCACCGCCACCACGACAAAAAGAAAGAUUUCGUGUGCCCGUAGCACCUCCAGCACCUGUGCAUCCAUUGCCUAGGACACCCUCUUCUGUACCAAUGAAAGAUACGACACAGAUGUCUGACGAGAAACCUUCUCCGACGGAAAAGCAUAAAUUAAAAAUGCGACAAUUGAUUCAAGCUAUUCCAUUUUAUCAAUUGAGAAAAGCGGACAAAAUCAUUGGAGCAGACGGUGUAGAAAGACCUAAUCCAUUUUGGACGGAAAUUUAUGGAAAGCGAAGCCGUUAAAAAGAAAGUGGAUGAUGGAGAAAAGAUUUUUUUUUUAUUGUUAAUUAAUAUACACUGUAAUAAAAAAAAAAAAAGAGAAAGAAAAAGAUUUCUCUUUUUUUUUUAAAAUUUUUUUUUUGUUGUUGUUGUUGUUGUUUCUAAUGGUGUGUUGAAUUUUUUUUUUUUUUAUUAUUCUUCUUGCUUGAAAAUACCGUUUUUAC